AUGGCAUUCUCUGCUAGUCAUUGCAAUUCAUCAUUCCUCCCAAAGAAACCUAUCAAUGGUUUCAAAAAUCUUGUUAAGAUCCCGUCUAAGCAGUUCAAACUUUCCCCUGGGAAAAUACAAGCCCACCUCCAUGCUGUAAACUCAGAUUUGCAGCAGCUAUUGACAUCUGAAGAUUCGUUCUCCAAGGUGAUAGACUUGCCUUUGCCCGUAUUUGAGUUUGAAGAAUACAUGACUGUGAAGGCAAAACAAGUUAACCGAGCACUGCAAGAGGCAGUGCCCUUGCAACGUCCAAACAAAAUCCAUGAAGCUAUGAGAUACUCUCUUCUCGCCGGCGGCAAGCGCGUCCGCCCAGUUUUAUGCAUUGCUUCCUGUGAAUUAGUCGGAGGAGACGAGUCCUCGGCUAUGGCAACCGCUUGUGCCCUCGAGAUGAUUCAUACGAUGUCGUUGAUUCACGAUGAUCUCCCAUGCAUGGACAACGACGAUCUUCGAAGAGGAAAGCCGACAAAUCACAAAGUCUUCGGUGAAGAUACGGCGAUUCUCGCUGGUGAUGCUCUCCUCUCUCUCGCCUUCGAACAUGUAGCCACUAAGACUAUUAACGUUUCUCCUGAACGCGUGGUUCAAGCCAUUGCUGAACUGGGUUCAGCCGUGGGAUCAAAAGGGCUUGUUGCAGGGCAAAUUGUGGACAUUGACAGUGAAGGGAAAAACGUGAGUUUGGCCCAACUGGAAUACAUUCACAUACAUAAAACUGCAAAGCUUUUAGAGGCAGCAGUUGUUUGCGGAGCAAUAAUGGGAGGAGGAACCAUGAUUGAUAUUGAAAGAGUUAGAAAGUAUGCGAGGUGUAUAGGGCUGUUGUUUCAAGUUGUGGAUGAUAUACUUGAUGUUACGAAGUCGUCGACAGAAUUGGGGAAGACCACAGGGAAGGAUCUGUUGAGUGACAAGGCUACAUAUCCGAAGCUGAUGGGCAUAGAAAAUGCUAAGAAAUUUGCCUCUGAACUUGUGGCUGAAGCCAUUGAAGAGCUGGCUUAUUUUGAAGAUGCGAGGGCUGCACCAUUGUGCCAUUUCGCUAACUAUAUUGCUCGUCGACAAAAUUAAGUUGUAAAAGCUGUAUUCCGCAUUGUUCUCUUCUUAUUUGAUUUGCCUUAUGAUGAGAGCCUGCCUGUCGGCAAUUGAAUAACUGAUAUACAUGUCAAAUGCCAGAUUAGAGAAAGGACGUGGAGGACCCUCUGGUUUUUUAACCGGAAACGACACAAAUAAUAAAAUUGUUCUGGCACGUUUGAAACAUUUA